AUGAUUCAUCCAAUUGCCUUGUCUUUCGCUCUAUCCUGUGCCCUAGCCCAAUCUGGCAGCAUUACUUAUGAAGACGCUACAACAACACCACAAGCAACUACAUCAAUGGUCUCCACACAGGACAUCACUUCGACGCCGAAGUUCACUACUACCCUAGGAUCUGGCUCCGGAGCUACUACUAGUACCGGUGAACAAACCGAAACUGGCGCCAAAUCAACUGAUGCUUCCUCUGCUGGUACCCCAGCCGAGACUGCUCAUGCUACUGCCACCGAAGGUGGUAGUACUGUGACGCAAGGCGGUAGCGAUCAGUACACCACUGUCCAUCCAACCGACACUACGAGCGUUUCCUGUUCUACCUCAAGCACCGCAAGCGGUGAAGGCGCUAGCUCCGAAACAAAUGUCGCACAUGCUACCGUUACCGAGGGUGGUAGCACUGUGACUCAGGGUAGCAGCGAUCAGUACACUACUGUCCAUCCAACCGAGACCACAAGUGUCUCCUGUUCUACUUCAAACACCGCAAGCGGUGAGGGUGCUGGUGUUGAAACCGAAACUGCCCAUGCUACCGCAACUGAAGGUGAUAACACUGUGACGCAAGGCGGCAGCGAGCAAUACACUACUGUCCGUACGAGCGUUUCCUGUUCCACACCAAGCGGCGCAAGCGCAAGCGCUAGCGCCGCACCGGUCAGUACCGGUGCUACCUCGGCUCCAGCUAGCCCGGUUUCUUCCAGUUCGGCUCCAUCAACCUCCGCUUCGGAAGCUGAAUCAUCAUUCUCCAGCUCGGCUACACUAUCUUCCGCUGCUGCAAGCUCAACAUUCUCAAGCGCAGUUGCUAGCGGUGCGCAAAACACUACACACACUACACACACUACAAACACUACAGGUUCUGCAGGUAGCAGCCUAACUACAAGUGCGGUUUCCAUCUCCGGUCCAUCAGGCGUUAAAGCAGGACAAGAUUCUACAACUGCUGCUCUGUCACAAUUCUCUGCAGGUGCUCCAGGUCCCCUUGGUAGGGCAUCCCGUUUAACUCCACUGGUUGCAGCUGCGAUCGUCGGACUUCUCUAA